GGGUUUGAACUAUAAGCAUCCUUCCAAGCAUUCUUACUCGCUUUUUCACCGCAACCCAAAGCAUCAUUUCGCGUGCUUUCGCGUCUCUUCAGACCCGUGGGACAUUUGCUUAGGCCCCGCGACUUUGCGGACGUUUUGCUGGUCCCUGAAGGCUUUUUGCAAGCUCAGUACUACCAUCAUGCAUUUGGCAGGCUCUCGCAGCGUGCUCGCUGGGCAGCGCGUUGGUCGUCGCACCUCUCAUUGCCCAACUGCCUCCACCAGCGCUGCAGUCGUCGCGCAGGCCUGCCCUCACGUAACGACCACAGCCAUAACCUCGCGCACCUCUAGCGCCAUCUACGCUCAUCGCGCCACAACCUCGAGUUCGCUGGGCACCCGCCACCGCCAUGCCGCCACCGUGCGACAUGGCACCGGCGUCGGCAUUUCGGCAGCCCCCCGCUCCGCCGCCUCCUCCGCCUCCGGCCGCCUGCUGCUGCUGCGCGGCGCGGGCGCAGCUUCGGCAGUUGCGCACCGCGGCCGCGGCCGCAGUGGAGUGGCUGUAGCCGUGUCCGCCAAUCUGUUUGCCCGGGUUGCGCGCAUCGUGACCAGCUUCUUCAACGGCCUAGUCGGGAGCUUUGAGGAUCCCGAGAAGCUGCUGGACCGAGUGGCGGAGGAGAUGCAGGAAGACAUGAUGCGAAUGCGCCAGGCCACGGCCCAGGUGAUGGCUAGCCAGAAGCAGCUGAGCGCCAAACAGCGCAGCAUGCAGUCCAGCGCCGACCAGUGGCUGCAGCGUGCGGAGCUGGCCGUGGCUCGCGGUCAGGACGACCUGGCGCGGGAGGCGCUGAGGCGGCGCAAGGUGCUGCAGGAGGACGCGGACCGCAUGAGCGAGCAGGUGACCCUGCAGACACAAGCGCUGGAGCAGCUGCAGGCCAACAUCCGGCUGCUGGAGGGCAAGCUGGGCGAGGCGCGCUCCAAGAAGGACACGCUCAAGGCGCGAGCCGCCAGUGCCAAGACGUCGCUGGCGCUGCAGGAGAUGAUCGGCGGGCUGCAGGUCCGGUCCGGCAGCAGCUGGGCCGCGUUUGAUAAGAUGGAGGAGAAGGUGGCUGCGCUGGAGGCUCAGGCGCAGUCCGCCGCCGCGCUGGCCGCGCCGGACUCCCUGGAGCGGCAGUUUGCGGCGCUGGAGGGCGACGGCGGCGUGGACGCCGAGUUGGCGGCGCUCAAGCAGGCACGCCGCAGCUACCCCGCCCCCGCACUUCCCCGGGACUCCACGGCCGCGCCCUCCGCUGCCCCCUCGUCGGCCCCGCACGUGGCGGGUCGGCCACUGCGUGACGUGUUUGACCCGCUGGAGAGGGAGCUGGAGGAGCUCCGGCGCCGGGCGCGGGAGUGAAGGGACAUUGGGGUGGAAGAGCGGGGAUUUUGCAGCAGAUUGCAUUGGUUACAAGAGGGACCUGCUGACGCAGUUCACGAGCCAGGUGGAAUGUGGACUGUCAUCCAGUGGCGCGUGGCGUGUGCGUGUGCGACACACGUGGUAUGAUGGGACGGAAAGUGGGAUGCGCAUGCAGGUAGGGAAGACAGCAGCUUGAUUUUGACGGUGGGUGUAGGAUGAUGUGCGGCUGGUGCGUAUGUGCAUGCAUGCCUGGUGACAUUGGUUGGUGGUAUUGGUUGGCGUGUUAAUACUACUUGGUUGGCACGUGGGGACAAUGAGCGACUGUGGUGUGGCUGCGCGCAUGUGUACGAUACGUACUGAUUGUAAAGCGCAAUGGCCGAAUGAAUGCAUGGGACUGUUUUGUUGAUUAACUAGGUGUGUGUUGACCUGCCAGCUUGAGUAGGAGCCACAACAAUGCACACACGAUGCCGCCACUGACCACUACUGCGUUCAGCAGUGGCUCUGCGGCUGUGUCACCUAGCUAGCGGCUCUACACCGGUUUUGGCCACUCUGAUCACUGUGCCUUGCACACGCCGUGGCCGCCUACGACGAUAGAUUCACCCAGACCCGCUCCUAGCUUUACUGCUCCCUGCUGCCGGCGCCAUGGCUGUCAACAACUGCUUACCA